UUGAUUUUUCAGUGCCGGCAGUUAAGUUAAUGUAGUUGGCCAGUGUGGGUAUAUCACCUUCGGAGUCUGCGCAAGCAUAAGCUCUCACCCGAGCAUUCGUUUUUCCCAAGAGCCAGUGCUGCCCCGAGGCUCCGCGCUAUAUCGAGACACCCGCGAGUUAGUUUUACUAUUAUAACCAAGGUGGAGGAGUGAAGCAACUAGCUCAUUUGAGCUAGUCUCCAUCAUCAUCAUCAUCAUCAUCAUCAUCAUCAUCAUCUUCAUCAUCAUCAUCUUCAUCAUCAUCUUCCUCACCAUCAUUAUUUCUUCCUUUGAUCUGCUGGUCAGCAGACAUAAAUACAAAGGCAAAUGGUGCAUGUGAGAUUCAAUUUACAACGGUGAUCUCAUCAUCACCAUCUUCAUCAAAAAAAGAGCAAUGGGGAAUGCAUCAGCUAAGAAUGCAAGAAGACUAUCAACUUCUACCGGAAGUAACUCCAAGAGAGUCCACUGGGGUGGUCCAGGAGUUCCAGCACCACCUGGAAAGCCAGUCCUAAUUCCUGGAUCAUCAGACGACGCUCAACCAGACAUUGUCGGCAUUCGCUGGGAACGAUCGCCAAGUAAUGGUGGUGCUCCGAUAAUUGGAUAUUUAGUAGAACACCGACGCAUGGGGUCGCCCCAUUGGGUCAGAUCAUCGCCAAACCUUUGUCCAUUUCCUGAAUUGACUCUCAGUGGACUAGAACCAGGAUGGAGGUAUCAGUUUCGCGUGAGAGCGCAAAAUAGCUUAGGAAUCUCUCAACCGAGUGAACUGUCAGAUCCGCUGACAGUUACGCUUCAAAGAUCCGCAGCUACUAUACCACAUUUUGAAUUGGAACUUAAAGACACUACUGCACUUGAAAAUGAACAGGCAGAAUUUGUUGUAAAAUUUUCCGGGUUACCAAUUCCAAAAAUUUCAUGGUUUAAAGACGGCUUUGAAAUUUUUAGCAGUAGAAGAACAAGAAUAGUCACAGAGAACGGUAAAAGUACACUUCUUAUCCAUCAAACAGCGUUGAAUGAUGAAGGUGAAAUAAAAUGCACGGCUACGAAUCGUGCUGGGCACAUUAGUACGCGCGCGAAACUUAAUCUCGAAGCUGCACCACGAAUACGGCUUCCCAGGCAGUACGAAGAUGGACUCCUCUUCGAGCAAGAUGAAGCAAUCAGACUGAAAGUAUCCAUAGCAGGGAAACCUGUGCCUAAUGUCACCUGGUUACACGACGGUGAAGUUAUAAAAUCAGAUGAUAGACACAUUAUCGAUGCGGCUGACAGUGGAGAGUGCUCAAUGAGGAUACCUGCGGCUAGGAGAAAAGACCGCGGAGAGUAUACUGUAAAAGCUGUUAAUAAGCUUGGUGAAGAUAUCGUCUCAUUUCUUGUCACUGUUACAGAUCGUCCAUCAGCACCAGGAAAGGCAAAAAUUGCAAUGACCUUGGGCAGAUCCGUGACAUUGUCUUGGAGCGAACCUGAAGAUGAUGGUGGCUGCAAAAUAGGGACAUACAUUAUCGAGUAUUAUCGGAUUGGUUGGGACGUCUGGCUAAAAGCGGCAACUUGCCGGCAACCAACGACAACCUUGAGCGAGCUCAUUGAGGGCUCGGAGUAUAAAUUUCGCGUUAAAGCUGAAAACCCAUAUGGUGUUAGUGAUCCAAGUGAAGAAAGUGAUGUCAUCUUCAUUCCAGACCCAAAACGAGGAAUACAUGCACCACCUUUACGACCAGAUAAAUCACAAAGUCAACGAGAGAUCCACCGAGGCAGAACUGAAAGACGUGAUCAAAGUGAACCGGCUAAGAGAACUCGUAGUUUAACACGUGAAGAAGCGAUCCGUGAUAGUCAUGCUAAUGAAUUUCAGACUCCACCUUCCAGAUCAGCAUCCGCACAUAAAUUAGUUUUGGGCCCGCCACCAAAACCCCCGCGUGCUGAUAGCAGAGUUACUUUUUCAGAUACCGUUUUUUUGCAUCUCGAAAAGCCUCUUGAAGACGAUGAUUUACCGGUUGCGCCGGCCAGGCCAAGAACUAAGCGAGACAAGGUUCAACACUCGCCUCCGGAGGAUGAGAUAAAGGAAAGGCACCAGACAAUCAUCGCACCAGAAAAACUACCAAGUCCUCCAGUGCUUACAAGACAAGCCACAUUAGAAACUUUCGAAAGACCAUACGUCCUACCAAUUGAAAAAUCCCCUUCUCCACUCCCACCAAUUAAAAUUCCCAAAGAAGAAACCCGUCUGAAUAAACCCACCCGACCUAUAUUACCCCGUGAGGCAACAGAAGACGAAGACGAUACAAAAUUCCGGGGUAGCUCCGAAAUAAUGCUCGUACUUUACCCAGACGAGGAUGCUUCACCAGGAAAGCGCAAUCCUUUGGUCAGAUCAUCUUCAGAAGGCGAAGCCGAAGAAGAAGACGAAGACUUACUUCCACCCCCAAUGUCCCUAUCAUUGCCAGAAUUAUUCAGCGCGAACCACCAAGUGGUCGAAAUCCUCCGCGAAGCUGUAAGUUCAACAGAACUUCUCCACGAGCGUGCAAUGGAGCGAUUCUACAAAGCAGUGGCCGUAGAGGAGGCCGAGGCUGCUAAGAAGACCGACUUAGGCGUAGUUGAUAAACCCAAAGAAGGCUUAGACUUUAUCUCCGGUCGCUUGAGAAGCACCCGGUUAAAAAGAAGACCUUCCUCAGGGUCUCCAGUUGGAACUCAGGGUAAAAAUAAGUGGACCCGUCGGCGGUCCAGCGAAGGCCAAACUUCUUCUCAAUUACGCAAUCUUCCUCCAAGCUUAAUGUUACCCGCGCCUCAGAUAAUUGCCUCAGAUCCUAAUUUGCAUGAAGAAGAUCCCACAGAAGUUCUCAAGCCAGCUUCACCAACUCUUGCUAGCUUGCAUCACUGGGACGAUAAAAAUAUGCCUUUAGUUCCUGAACAUCACGCGGAAGAAUUUAUUUUAGAGCCUUCUGAAGAAUCUUUCACCCGCAUUGAGUACCGGCGCGAUGUAAAAACUCCCGACAGAGAAAUUGCGUAUGAUUCUAUUGUCGCUGAUGAUUACGAAGAGUCUACUGACGCUGAGUCCGAGCCUGAAAGCGACUCAAGUGAAGAUUUGAGGACACUCAAGUCCAGAAUUCUCGCCCAGCCGAUUAUGGACGAGGAGGACACUUAUCAUCCCCGUGGCCGGCCUAUUUUAUAUGUUCCACCUCCUGAUCCUGAGUACAGAGUUCAAACAAUUGAUACUGUCCCAGCUAGGCCUUUUUAUAAUGUCUCUCCCAAUAAUAACAAUAACAAUAUUCAGCCCAAGUCUAUUUUAAAAAAACGUACAGAAGAAGAUCCAGUUCCUUUAAAUAGCUUCGGAAGGCCAAUUCCUCCGGAAAAACCUAUCAUAGAACGCCAGGAGAAAAAAGAAGUUCCAGUGGAACCUCCUGUUACUUUAAGGAAGAAAUCAGUGACUGAUUUGUCUGAUGGAGCAGUUGCUAUUAGUAAUAAUAAUAGUAAUAGUAAUGCUCCUGUUAUGUCUGAGUUAGAUAGUGACAAUGCGAGUCUUUUAAAUGCUGCUGAAGUUGCUAAAAAUAGGAGGCGCUCUAAUCAAAAACCGGUGGUUGAGAAGAAAUCUUCUGUUGAAGAAAAAGAAGAUCUAGAAGCUAGGCAGGCUGUUGUUGAUCAUUAUAUGGAAAUUGUUAGGGAAUAUUCUUUAAGUCAUGCUGUUCAUCCUGUUAAUUAUUCUAAAUAUUCUUCCAAUACUUCCAAUGGAGCUAUUACUACUACUAAUAAUAAUAAAAAUAAUAAUGUUAAUGAUAAUAAUAAUAAUAAUAAGAAGGAGAAUAAUAAAGAUUCUGGAAUAAUUCCAAGUUUGAAUAUUCAGACAAAAAUUGCAAAUUUAACGGAGAAAAAUAAAGAAGAAAUAGGAAGAAGAAAUAAUUUAACAAGAGUUACAACUGUUGAUAGUUCUUCUUCUUCUAUUCCUAGUGCAAAUAUGGUGCAGGAAAAUUUGAGAUCCAGCAGAGGACUUUCUAGAAAUAAUGAAGCUACAAUAUCGAGAUCUAGAAAUAUUUCUACGGAAAGAAUGAGGUCGUCUUCGAAAACUAGAAUGCCAGAAGUGGAUAAAGGUCCGUCGAGGUCUUCUUCUAGAACUAGGAAGCGUGAUCUUUCAGGAAAUAGAGAUACUGGGUCGAGAUCAUCUUCGAAGCAGAGAGGAGAGACUAGGAAGAUUUCUUCGAGGAAUAGUUCUAGGGAGAGAUUCAAAGCUGUUGAUGUUAGUCCAAGUGAUUCGGAAACUUCUCAGAGGGUUGUGGGGAAGAAAAUUAGUAGGGAGAGACCGGAGAGAUUUAGGAGGAACUCGAGGGCUUAUGAUAGGCCUGAUAAGAGCAAGCUCGAGGCUUCAGGUGUUAUUAGUGAGCGACUGAUGGCUGAAGCUCAUAUUAAUGUCAGGUCUUCGGUUAGCUAUGUUAUUGAUUUGAUUAUUCUUAUGGCUGCUAUUUAUCUUUACUUGUUUAAAAAUGAACUUUUUGCGAUUCCGUUUAUAUUUCUUCUUAUUUAUCGGCAAGUUGAGGAAGAUAUCAGAGGAUGGAUUCCUAAAUGGUGGAAGGCGAAACCAAGAGAUAAUUGAUGAAUUUAAUAUUGAAGAUUUUAUUUUAAUAUUAUAUGAAGUAAUUUUAUUUUCCGGUUAUCAUUAAUAAAAUAUCUAUAUAUAAUAUA